ACAAGUUGGUCGAGGAGUCGAAAUGGUAUCGUCCAGGCCAGCAGGUGGUGCUGCUGAACGAUGAUGCCGAAGAUGAAGAGUGAUAACACACAAUCGAGAUCAACAAAUCAUGGUCAAUCAUCGAGCAGUUUCGAGAACAAAGGUGACAUAACUCUGUUCUUGAUGCGCUGCGGGAGCUCCCCGCGGGACCCCACAUCGGCAUCUCAUGGUUCCCCACAUUCUGCCCUGGCAUCCAUGUUAACAUGCACUGUGUAACCGUCGAUCUACGAAAUGGAACCUUACAAGCUUUUCUCAUACAGACAUUUCUGCUCUAACCACGUUCCAGACUUCAAGCAUGGCAUUAAACGAGUUGAAGGAAAACGUCACAGCCCAGAACCCCUCGCGUGAGACGUCGCCCAACCGGGGAACAUCGCUCCCACAAGAAGAGGCCAUACCAGCAAUCCGCAAGCCGCUCCGACAAUGGCAAAAGGACAACAACAUCGACACCAACGCCCAAAUCAAGCUUCGGCGGAUCGCCCACAUGCGCUACCAACACCCAGACCUGCAAGAGAUCACCACCUUCCUGCGUGACUUUGGCAUGAGCGUCGCGAAAAAGACGGAAACGCAGAGAUGGUUCAAGGGCUAUGGCCGCGAUCAAUACGUCUACUACGCCCAGCAGGGCGAGAAGAAAUUCCUCGGCGGCACCUUCGAGGUCGAGAGCUACGCUGAGCUCGAAAAAGCCGCUCGCCUCCCUACCGCAGGGCCCAUAGAGGAACUCGUCGACGCCCCAGGAGGCGGGCACAUGGUCACUCUCACAGACCCGCAAGGCUUCCCCAUCAACCUACUCUUCGGCCAGACACCCGCACCAGGCGGCCCCCUCCCGGAAAUCCUGGCAACAAACUACGAAACGCACAAGCCCCGUAUCGCGCGUUUCCAGCGCUUCAAGCCCGGUCCCGCCGCAGUGCACAAGCUGGGCCACUACGGUCUCUGCGUGACCGACUUCCCGACCCAGCUCGAAUGGUACACGCGCACCUUCAACUUCGCCCCUACCGAUUUCCUGUACGUCGACACGCCCGAGGGCGAGAGGAAAGACGUCGCUGUUUUCCUGCACAUCGACAUUGGCCAGGAGUACACGGAUCAUCACACCUUCUUCAUGUCGUCGAACCCGACCUCGCACGUGCACCACUGCUCCUUCGAGGUGCACGACUUCGAUUCCCAGAUCCUCGGCCACGAGUGGCUGGCUAGUAAAGGGUAUAAGCUCGUUUGGGGCGUCGGGAGGCAUAUCCUCGGUAGUCAGAUCUUUGACUAUUGGUGGGACACGAGCGGGAAUAUGGUCGAGCAUUAUGCGGAUGGGGAUUUGGUGAAUGAGGAUACGCCCGUAGGGUGGGGAGCGGCGGGCGAUGAGAGUUUAGCGGUCUGGGGUCCCGAGGUGCCGAAGUGGUUUUUGGAUUAGAAGGAUGCAGUUGUUGCUCGAGAGGGGCCAGAAGAGGAUGUAAAACGAGGACUUGUUCGUAGUGAUAUUGCUGGGGAAUCGUUGGUAUCAUGGUCAUGUCUAU